UCUUUUCUCACCUUUUCACUGUUUCCUUCGAGUGAAAGCUACCGUUUUUUGUAUUCUCAUAUAAUUGAUACUUUUUACGCUGUUGUUUUAUGUUCUGCAACACCCAAUGCACUGUAAAUAGAACGCUGAAAGCCAUAGUCUCGACACGAAGCUGUUCUAGAUGACUUUUCAACAGUUUGAUUAUGAGAAACAAAGUCCCGAUGAAGCUUUGUUCGUUCUACAACAACAAGGAAAAGAUAUCAAUUUAUUCGAUUACCACGAGAUCCCGUACUUCUUAAGAGGAAAUGUUUACGUCACGAAUGGCUACCGAGCUUAUUUGCCGGUGCGGAUGUGCAUUAAAAGCCUGUUUGUCUGGUCAAAUGAAACCAUCAAUAUAUGGACACACCUUCUUGGAUUCCUUGUGUUUUCCUUCUUGUUUCUUUACAACAAUAUUGUUGUGUUACCACAUAUAAAGGGAGCCACAAUAGCAGAUCAUAUGGUAUUCUCUGCAUUACUUAUUGGCUUUCAGAUCUGUUUAUUGUGUUCCACUGGCUAUCAUUUGUUCAACUGUCAUUCAGAGAAGAUAUUUCAUCGCUGGUUUUCACUUGACUUGGCUGGAAUAUCUAUAGGGCUGUGUUCAUGUUACAUACCAGCUGUUUACUAUGCCUAUUACUGCCAUGUGGGUUUGCAAACAUUAUACCUGAUUGGCGUUGGAAUACUCACGACAAUUACAUUAACUCUCCAAUUCCACCCUCGCUUCUUAUCCUCUGUCUGGGCGACAAGAAGGCUGUCACUAUUCUGCUGCUUGGUCGCUUACGGCGUGGUGCCGUCUGUACACUGGGCUUACCUUUCUGGAGGAUGGGACCAGCCAGUAGUCCAGAUUUUUAUACCAAAGGUCAUAGUGAUGUAUGUUCUUGGAGUUCUUGCACUAGUGUUUUAUGCUCUUAAGGUUCCUGAGAGAUAUUUUCCAGGUAAAAUGAACUUUAUCGGAUCGAGUCACCAGUGGUGGCAUUUGCUGAUACUAGCGGCAUUCUACUGGUGGUACCGCUCCAAUCUCAUCUAUUUGGACUACAGAAGUACCAACCAAUGUACAGAUCCACGGCAGAUAUCCGCGGUCAAUGUUCUGUAGAAAGAAGUCUGCGUUUUCUCGUGAUAAACUCGAUAGGCGGUUUGAACUAAGAAAUCACGUGAUUUUGGGUGGCAAACUGCCCCGUGCGCUUCGGCUUUUGGGCGGGCGAAUCAGCUAGGCAGGUUCUUUGUCAGAAAGGGCUUAUUUUAUUUGUUUGUCACUCUCUGGCCUUACGGGCGCAAGCCAUUUCUAAAUUUUGGUUUGAAUUCGCCACUCAGAGUCACGUCAAGUUAGUGCAAGUCUAAGGAGGUGUGAAAUAGUAACUUAAUGAGGGAGCAGGAAGAACUAUAAAAGAGAAAGGUUGGGUGUCGUGAUUGAUGGGCGUAAUAGAGGGAGGCGGAUCUUUUAGGUUCGUUAUUCGUGGGAUUGGUCAAGAAUUCUCUGAGUAAUAGGAAGCGGGGACCAGGUUCUUGGGGCAUUUGUCGAGGUUUCGUGAUCAAACGUGGUGUAAUUCUGAAUCCUCUAUAAUGACAUGAAAAUAGUGAAUAAUAAAAUAAAAUAGUAUACGCUAUGUUAUUUAUUGAUUAGGAAUUAAAUAAAUUUGAAAAUUUUG